GUAAUGGUGCAACACAUGUCGACUUCAUUAAGCCGUAGACGUGGUGAGUGUUUAAAAUAAAUUGUGUAUGAGUUCUGUGAACCGGAUAAUGUUUUAUUGCAUCGUGAACAAUGCGGUUGAUAAAAAAAAAGGAGUACACCCAAUUGUAUUCGGUGUAUCAAGUGAAUAUUGCCAUUUUCGGUGCGUCUUUCCGUCACUGGGCGAUCAAUUCAGUGUCGUAACCAACACACUUGACAAGCGAUAAAUGACAACACAGCCGAAAGCAUAGCACAUUCACACCAGCUAUAUCACCUUAGAUAACACAACACCUCGAAUAAGUUUUCAAUCGUGUGCGAUUCUUCGUGUGUGCAAUUCAAUUCUAGAAGCUUGUAGGUGCGUUGCGUAUCAAUGUGUGCAUGUGAGAAUCGGUUGUGAACGAACGCUGUAUGUGAGCGAGAGAGAAUCGUAUGUUUUUCCUCUCCAGCUGGCUAAGUGAGCACAAUCGGUGCGAUUGUAUUGGUGUUUCAUAAUGAUGACAGUAGUCGUGCCCACAAACAAAAACACAUCGCGCGCGAGAAGAUUGAAACACAAUAGAGCCGAAUCAUAACAGCACACACAAACGACGACGACUACGACAACGGCUAACGAAAAAUUGAAAACAAUUAAAAUGAAAACAGUUUUUUUCUCUCUGUUCAGUUUCGCACGCAGUAUAGGAAUAGAUGCGCUACGAAGCAGAUCUCGACACUUGGCCGUUCACGUUUCAUUUUCAUUCGGCCUUUUCAAUUUGUCGAUAGCGGAACACAGAAAUCGUGCAGCGAGCGCCUUAAAUCACUCGAUAAUUUUUUUUAGAAUUUUUUCAUUCGACGCGAAAGAAAAAAGAACGAACGAAAAAUUAAAUUCGAAACAUUUUAAUUUGUCACGCUUGAACUAGUGCUUGAUUCUUUUUGCUCGGUGUUUGUUUUAGUUGUUUCUUCAAAAAUAUUUUACAUUUCGACACAUGAUAAGAGGUUGUAAUUUACAUUUCGUUAUCCCGCCAAGUGGUGCUCCGUUCGUUCCAUUUAGAAAGUGAUAAAUGGUGGGAAUCGCCGUUGUGUAAGAAAAUUUAAUGCUUGAAAUUAUGUAGCUGGCAUAAAUAAUUGCCGUUAAGUGCUAAUAAAUAAGUUUCGGUGUUCUAGUGUUCUAAACCAAUUGAUUUAAGAGAAAAAGAAAAAGAAAACAUAACGAACGAAACAAUUUUAAAGUUUGAUGGUGCGAUACACUUUCCGCUGGAAACGUGUCCAAUUUUAAGUAACAAAACAGAAAAAAAAAGUAUUUGUGUGGUUUCACCAAAGAAGAUGUUAUAGUCGAUUAGAAUUUCUCUUUGAACCAAAAAAUGGAUUACGCACACGAAAAAGGUCAAUGGGUUUGGAUAAAGCCACAGAAAAACACGGAAUUUACAACACCAAUCGGCUGUCAAAUCGUGCGAUUCGAUCGAGGCAAAGCAUUGAUUCGCAAUGAUGAAGGCGAAGAGAGCUGGAUCAAACCCGAUCAGAUCAUCAAAUCGAUGCAAAUUUCAUCUGUGUAUGGAGUCGAAGAUAUGAUAUCGUUGGGUGAUAUAAACGAGUGUGCCAUUUUACGAAACCUGCGUAUUCGAUACAAGGACAAACAAAUUUAUACAUACACGGGCACUGUGCUUGUUGCAGUGAAUCCGUAUGAAAACUUGUACAUUUACUCCAGGAACCUAAUCAAUGCGUACAAACAAAAGAAAAUGACCGAGUUACCGCCGCAUAUAUAUGCCAUAGCAAAUCUUGCGUACAGCAAAGUCAUUGAGGAAAAUCGGAAUCAAUGUGUUUUGGUGUCGGGCGAAUCGGGUGCUGGCAAAACGGAGAGUAUGAAAUUUAUACUGCAGUAUUUGGCGGCGAUCAGCAAACGACCGUCACCGAUUCAAGAGCAAAUUUUGGAGGCAAAUCCCAUACUUGAAGCGUUUGGCAAUGCAAAAACGGUGCGCAAUGACAAUAGCUCACGAUUCGGAAAGUAUAUUGACAUACAUUUCGAUACAGCGGGUGCAAUGAGAGGUGCUAAAUUCAAUCAUUAUCUAUUGGAAAAGUCGCGCAUUGUGUCGGUGAAUCGAAGCGAACGAAACUAUCACAUUUUCUAUAUGCUUUUGAAUGGGCUAACCGAUGAGGAACGAGACACGCUUGAACUCAACCCAAACAAUGCGUACAAUUAUCUAAGUGCUACCGAUGACACACCCGUUGGUAUCAAUGACACGUUAAUCGAUUUGGAGCGUCUUAAAAAUGCCAUGAAAGUGUUGUCGAUCAGCGAAUGGGAAAUGUGGCAAAUUUUCCAACUCUUAGCUGCACUUUUGCAUUUGGGCAAUUUACAGUACAAACGAAAAAUCAUCGAAAACAUCGACGCCACCGAGAUCCACGACAAUUUAAAUUCGUCUAGAGUUGCCCAUUUUUUGGGCAUUCCGAGAAGUGUGUUGUGCGAAUGCUUGACCCGACGAACACUCUAUGUUCACGAUGAACGAGUCGUGUCGAACAUUUCGAAGGAGUAUGCCAUGGAAAUACGAGAUUCUUUUGCCAAAACGAUUUACGGCCGCAUUUUCAACUGGAUCGUUCUUCGUAUCAACAGCACCAUCUCACGAUCCGCUUCGAAUGUUUCGAACAACGUUUCAUUGGGCGUACUGGAUAUUUUUGGUUUUGAGAAUUUUUCGUGCAAUAGCUUCGAGCAGCUAUGCAUUAAUUACGCCAACGAAUCACUUCAGCAAUUUUUCGUACAACAAAUUUUCAAGAUGGAGCAGAAUGAGUAUAACAAGGAGAAGAUAAUUUGGAAGAAUAUCACAUUCGUUGAUAACCAAAGUGUUUUGGAUAUGAUCGGCUUAAAGCCAUGCAAUAUCAUGUCGCUAAUUGAUGAAGAAUCCAAAUUUCCAAAGGGCACUGAUGCCACGCUUUUGAUGAAGCUCAAUGCGAACCACGGUUCAAAGUCAAUUUUUGUAAGGCCAUUCAGUGAUCAUGCCGUAUCGUUUGGUAUUCGACACUUUGCCGGCGUUGUGAUGUACUACUCCAAAGGAUUUUUGGAGAAAAACCGUGAUACAUUUGGUGCUGAUCUCAAGGAAUUGGUUGCCCAAUCGAAUAAUGCAUUCUUGUUGAGCUUAUUCGAGAAGAAUAGUGCAUUGGAUUCGGGCAAAAAGACGAUGACAUUAUCACUGCAGUUCAAAAAUUCGUUGGAUGAGCUAAUGAAGACGCUGACCGCUUGCAAUCCAUACUUUGUGCGAUGUAUUAAGCCAAACGACUCCAAAAAGUCGAAUAUGUUUGAUAAUGAGCUGUGUGUUCGUCAGCUGCGAUACACUGGAAUGCUUGAAACGGCACGCAUACGCGCCUUGGGCUAUCCUAUUCGGCACACAUUCAAAGAAUUUGUCCAACGCUAUCGUUUGCUAAUGCCUUCAAUUGCUCAGUCACCCGAAACAAAUGUCUAUUAUCGGGAUUUGUGUAAGCGAAUGUGUGCCAAUUUGUUGAAAUUUAAUCCACACUAUCAACUGGGCCAAACGAAAGUCUUCUUAAAGUAUGACCAAGACGGUUUUCUUGAGGCUGAGCGAGAAAAGGCGUACCUAAAAUAUGUGAUGAUUUUACAGCGAUUUACGCGUCGUGUUCUGCUGAAAAUAUGGUUAAAUCGACGGAAACGGGCAGCAAUUGUGAUUCAGAGUAAUUGGCGUCGAUACCGUGCUCGUCAGAAAUUCCUUCGUUUACGCGAUGCAAUUGAGCGAUUACAAGCGCGAAUUCGAUCACGUCGACAGGCUUACGCUUAUGAAAAAUAUAACAAAAAUAUCAUCCGCAUUCAGUCUUUGUGUCGCGGUUUCCUGGCGCGCAAAGCAUAUACCAUUCGUAAAGUACAAAUCCAAAAACAGAAAUACGAAGAAGAAAUCCGUCGCCGUCAAAUGGAAGCUAUGAAAGCAGUUAAGAGGUCGGCACCGCGACCACCGUCCUGCGUAGAAAUCAAUAACAAAAAGAAUGAGCUGCCAGUUCGAGUUGAGGAGCGAUUGAAAAAUGAAUACGACAUCGAAGCCACACAGAUCAUUGACGAUGUGUUUGAAUUUUUGCAGCAUGCAGCCGAUGAAAAUGUGGAUUUGUCACAGAAACGCACCAGCAACGUCAGCAAAAUGAUAUUGAAUUUUGAGGCUGAAAGUCGCGUGAAGAAAUCGAUUCCAACUAAACUUCUAUCGCGACCCGUCAAUUUUUACAGCUACGAUAAUUUCGAUUCAAGACUCUAGCAUAUAUAGUUCGACCGCUUUUCUUUAGCAUUAGAAAUGUAAAUAAACAUCGAUAAUCUUAGGCAACAUGUUUAGAGCUUAGAUUAAGAUAUAGAUAAUCUAUGAACGGACCAAAUAUAACUGUUACUUACUUUUUUUUCACUUCUUACCAAUUUGACACAUUGUAACACAUUUUAUCAUCAAAGAAAUCAUAUCAACUCAGCCAAAUUUACACUUGAUAAUAAAAAAAAAGAAACACAUGAUUAUUUUCUUCUUAUAAA